AAGCGAGAAAACGAACCCAGUAGUUCCGGCAGUAAGGGCGACAAAAACUGCAGAUCUAGUCACGGUAGCAGGAAGAUGAAACAGGAGAACCCGCAGGUUCUUCCCAGCUGUAACUGUGAGGAACUCAAGCGAGUCCAUGCUUAUCUAGAGACAAAGGAUUUGUGGGAAAAGUUUCAUGAACUAGGAACAGAGAUGAUUAUCACUAAAACAGGACGGAGGAUGUUCCCUACGCUGAGAAUUUCCUUUAGUAAUAUUGACGUUCAGACCAAAUAUGCCGUACUAAUGGACAUUGUCCCUGUGGACAACAAGCGGUACCGCUACGCUUACCAUCGGUCCUCUUGGUUAGUUGCCGGUAAAGCUGACCCUCCUUCCCCGCCCCGCCUCUAUCUCCAUCCGGACUGUCCUUUCACUGGAGACCAACUGAAGAAGCAGAUAGUUUCAUUUGAAAAGGUUAAACUGACCAAUAACGACAUGGAUAAACAGUCUCAUAUCGUCUUAAACUCGAUGCAUAAGUACCAGCCGAGGAUCCAUUUGGUUAAACUCAGGUCAGAUCAUUUGAAUCUUUCUCAUAUAACGGAUUUGGAGGCUGAGCUAACCAGAACUUUCGUCUUCCCUGAAACCGUCUUUACAGCAGUGACGGCUUACCAGAACCAACUGAUUACGAAGCUGAAAAUUGACAGUAAUCCAUUCGCUAAAGGGUUUCGAGAUUCCUCUAGACUCACUGAUUUAGAAAGAGGGCCCGUGGAAACACUUUUUAGAAAGUACGCUUUUCGUCAUUCUCCAUUUCACGCACUAGUGGCUGGCGAAAUAACUUCGGAUCCAGCAGCAGGAAGAAUACCUCCACCUACAGAGCUGCUUUUCAUGACCAGCCAAGCAGGAAAUCCCUGGAAAGUGCCAGGAAUCCCUCUAAGCAUGACGGAUCUUAGUUCCAUAAUGACUGCCCAACAGCAACAGAUUAAUCAAUUUUCUGGAUUUUACUUGGGUCUCCCAAGAACAAUUUUUCCCAUGGUCUCAGCUCCAAACAUAAUAACUGGAGCUGCUGGAUCCAACGAGGGGACCUAUGGACACAUGCCACUGCCUUCAGCACUUGAAUGUUCCUCGUCCAGGCCCGUUCCAUCGACCUUGUCCACUAUAUCCAGCGCAACUGAUAGAAAUGCUUCAUUCUCUCCUAAUCAUAUGUAUAGUUCUCAGUUUCAUCUAUCUACCUUAUACCCUGGGUUGAAGUUUCAUCCAUAUUUAAGGCCCAGUCUCCUUCAAACCGCCAGUUCAAAAACACCAGUAAAUACUGAAAGUAAAGGACUUUUACCUUAAGUGCUUUGC